AUGGAGCAAAAUGCCAGAGAUAUAGAACUCAGAGAGCAGGACCGCUGGUUACCCAUAGCUAAUGUGGCAAGAUUGAUGAAAAAUACACUACCGCCGACUGCAAAAGUUUCAAAGGAUGCCAAAGAGUGUAUGCAAGAAUGCGUAUCUGAGUUUAUUUCAUUCAUCACAAGUGAAGCUAGCGACAAGUGCUUACGAGAGAAGAGGAAAACCAUUAAUGGAGAAGACAUUUUGUAUUCGAUGUACGAUUUGGGCUUUGAGAAUUAUGCCGAAGUGUUGAAGAUAUAUUUAGCAAAAUACAGAGAACAACAGGUUUUGAGACAAGAAAGAGGCGAGACUAGGUUGACCAAGAAACAGGCAAAGAUUCAAGUAGCACAAGAAGCUGCUGCCGCCGCUGCCGCCGCUGCCGCUGUCGCAUCGGAAUCCUCGCUUGGCGAGUUAGGCGAGAAUAAUGAUGGUUUGGAAAUGAAGGAAGUACUGGAUCUCGAGUACGAUCAUUCGAAUCCCACAGAUUCAUUGGAGUCGAUAGAUUUGGGUGAACAGUUUGAAGGUAUUGCGGAAGUUACAGAGCAAGCAAAUGGUGUUGACUCUGUUGAAAAGUAG